AUGACCGAUCGGCUCCCGCCAAAUCUUCUCGCGCUAUUCGCGCCCAGGCCACCGCUGCGCUGGGUGCCACCAUGCGAUCAUCCCCCUGAGCAACGCAGAACGGCCGCUGUCUCUGGUGUCGCUCAGUACCUUCCCGCGCUGGCCGAGUACGAGCGCGAGUAUGAAUACCAUCCUACUGAAAGCUGGCUCGAGGCCCGCGAUCGGAAAAAGCGCGAGAAGCAGGCUCAGGUGGAAAAGAUGCUCACCGAGGGGCCGAGGAACUAUAAACCGCAAGAAGAUCCUAACAUCCGUGGCGACGCUUUCAAGACGUUAAUUGUGGCGCGCCUUGAUUACAGCGCUGACGAGAAGGAUUUGGAGCGCGAGUUUGGCCGCUUCGGUCCGAUCGAGCGUAUCCGCAUCAUUCGUGACACUCAUGCCCACGAGAAGGGCAAUAAGAAACAAAAACCGCAUCGCGGCUACGGCUUCGUGGUGUUCGAACGCGAAAAGGAUAUGAGAGCUGCUCUGGACGGAUGUGACGGCAUCCGGAUCAAGGACCGCCGCAUCAAGGUUGAUGUCGAAAGGGGUAGGACAGUCAAGGGCUGGAAGCCACGUCGCCUGGGCGGUGGUCUAGGCGGCCGCGGGUACACAAAGGCGGCGAUGCCUAGACCCAUGGGGCCUGGCGGUUUCGGUGGUGGCUACCGGGGUGGCUUUAGCGGCGGCUUCAGGGGACGGGACCGCGGUUUCAGAGGCGGUGGUGGCGGCUUUGGCGGCGACCGUGGCUUCCGCUCUGGCCCUGGCGGUCCUGGCAGGGGUGGCGAUUUUGGUAGCCGUGGAGCCGAUCGCGGUUUCGGCGGCCCCAGCGGGCCUCCCAACGCGCCAAGCGGGCCUGGUGGUGGUGGUUAUGGCGGCCGCGAUAACCGACGGGACGGGCCCGGAGGCGGCGGGUAUGGCCGUGAUGGCGGCUCACGCUCAUAUGAUGACAGAUCUGGAGGAGGCUACCGCGAUCGCAAUCCCCGACAGUCUGGCAGCAACAUGGAGCCUAUCCGCCCGCGCGGCGAGAAUGGUGGGUACUCCGGCGGCCGAGACUACGAUCGACCUAAAGACUACGACGACUCCCGGAAACGCGGCUACGAGGGUGGUGGCUACGAAUCCGACCCUAGAAGGAUCCGACGCUACUAA